AUGAACGACUCCAGCCUUGAGAUCCCACUACCUGAAGACGAUGCCAACGCCCUCAUCAUCCUCUUGAAUGUGCUGCAUUACCGUAAUGACCAAGUCCCAGAUGCUCUGUGUACUCACGACUUGGUAGACGUGGUCAAUCUCGCAGACAAGUACCUCUGCAAGGACAGAAUCCAGCUCGCUGCACGACUGUGGGUACGGAACAUGGAAGCUGUGACAGACGCUUUGAAGCUCGCUAGGUCGCUCACCGUCUGCCGCCAAAUGGAGUUUGAUGGGAAGUUCUCGACUAUCUGCCGUCGGAUGCUGUUGUAUAGCACUGGUGAAGCGAAACUUGAUAGUGAUGAGUGUCAAUAUGGAAACCUUGAGGAGAACUUCAAGCUUGCUUUUGAGAUGUUGCAAUCGGACAAGGAGUAUCGCUUCUACAAAAUCGACCAAUUCAUCAAAACCACCAUCAAAACCUUCAUCUGGGCUCGACGAUCACACCCCAACAACACUUGCGACUCGACCUGCCACGUCGCCGAGCUGGCCACCUACGAGCUCUUCGACUUGUUGCGAACCAAGCACCUCGAACCAGACUUCCUCUCCUGCUUCGAACUGUACAUAGUCCUCGACGCCAUGAAGACAAUGCCCCAAUUCCCUUUCUCACACCGCUAUCAACCAUGCUCAUCAGGGUGUAUAUACGACGAGCUCGAGAAGAAGAUGGCAGCCGGCACCUUCGCAGCGAAAGCGGAGGAGCUAACAGCACCGACGAAGCCUCUGUGUCUGGCAGGGUAUAGAGUGCAUGGAGACGUAUGGGGCGGGUGUUGCGGUUUGAAAGGAGGUGUCGCGCGUUGUAGACACUGCGAUCCGACGCUGUGGGGCUGUGGAUGUUGUGGCGUCUGCGUUCACGCUGCUCGACAAGGCUACAGUAGGGAAGGUGAGCGGUUGGCGGAGGAAGAUGUUGAGGAGAAUGUCGAGUGGACUGAGGCGGCUCGUGCUCGGUGCGAAGAUCGUUGA